CAAUUCACCUAGAAUCUUAAAAGUUGAUUACGAUUUUUGGUCUAAUAGCGAGCCUACCCCAGUUCAUCAGCUAAAUUGAUAUUGACCUUUACAACUAAAUACAUGGUUGCCACAUUGAAACCUCUAAAUCCGAUUUAGUUUGGGGUAAUCCAUCCCUCUAUCUGCGUUUUAUACGCAACUAUAACCCUCAAUUCACUGUGUCGCUUGUCUUCCACUAGGCAACCACACUGGAUAACAAACAACCACAUGUUCUGAUUGAGUACCCACCAUCCUAAAUGAUCCAACUUCGCCUCAGCCUCAUAUUCUACCACAGAUCACGAUAUGGUCCAUUUAUUUAUUCGCUUCCGCGGAGGGAACUUCACUGUCAGAAGUUCCUGCGAAACCUUACAUGUCUACCCUUUUUCAACGGCCUUAGCACUGCAAAUGCACCCCAAGCUUUGUCAUGGACUUGCCUGGGUGCGCAAACCGGUCGCCAACUGCGUGGUCCCUGGAUAGUGGACUCUCUAACGGGCUGAUGCAUGGUUUUGACGUCAAUAAUGAUGGUGACGAAGAGUACCUGGCUGAAGUGGUUACGAGUAGAAUAGGCAGCACAGAAGAUAUCCAAAGCUUCGUUCAUCUCAGUUUGCUUCGAAGUAUGGAAGCAUGGGAUCAAGCAAUCUGUUGCGCCUGUGCAAUGAGAGAUCAGGAGUAUUGCCACAAUAGCUUGGAUGGACAAGAUGUGCUUGCUUUUCUGUCGAAGUUAUGUGCUGUUAAUGGGUCAUACCAUGCCAACAUCGCGCUGUGUCCUCCGCAGAGAUCUAAACGUUUGCGCACCAGGAGGGCAUCGGAACGGAAGAAGCAGAGGAAGGCUAAAAGGAAGAGGGAUUCUCCCUAUUGGAAUGAGAUGCACGUAUCACCAGUUCAACAAGAUGGAUGCUCUAUUGAAGAUAUACAGAGCGAUAUUACGGCAAAGCAGCUGUCGAGAAAGCGUAGAAAACUAUUGGGAGAAGUCAUUCAACCCACUGCGCUGAUAUCGGAAGAAUAUGGUACAUCAACAAGAGCAUGCAAAAGUAGUACGCACAAGACAGAGGACGACAGCGACAAUGAUGGAACAAGAGAGGCCCUUUCUGAGCUUAAUGCGUCACCUACGAAGGUUCCGAAUGCAACAGACGCCACCUUUGAAUCCACAUCAGACGGAGAGCAGAACACAGAGAAGGCCCAAAACCUAGAGGAAGAGUCGGAAGAUCCAAAGAAGCCACCGAAAGCGCGACAAGAUCAAACACCAACGCGCAAAGUGGCGAAGUCACCAUACUUCGAAGGCCCAAAACCAGCAGCAACGCCCACAGAUUCUCUAUCAUCCAAAAGCCCUAGGAAAAGACCACCACGCGGCAUCGUCUCAUGUCUUCCUUUCCCGCGUUUGGAUGCCCCACGCUUCGGCCUCAUACAAGAAGAACUCGCCACAGACCCCUUCCGCCUCCUGGUCGCCGUGACAUUCCUCGUCCGCACGUCCGGCAAAGCCGCCAUACCUGUAUUUCGAGAACUCAUGGAAGAAUACCCCACGCCCUCGGCACUCGCAAGUGCCUCCGCAGCCGACAUCGAGGCCAAGAUUAAGCAUCUGGGCCUAGGACAUGUCCGGGCCGCGACGAUCCAGCGAUUCGCGCGUCUCUGGAUGGAGAAUCCGCCGCGGAAGGGCGUGCGAUAUGCUGUGAAGAAUUAUCAGGGCCAAUCUGCGGAUUAUCUCAAGGAAGAAGGUGAUGGUGACAACUAUUGUGUUGAGGACGGGAAGGAGAUGCAGUGGGAGAUAGGACAUAUGACCCAGGGUCCGUAUGCUCUUGAUAGCUGGCGCAUCUUCUGCCGGGACGUGCUGCGUGGCGAAGCAGAGGAUUGGAAUGGCGGAGGACGCGAGGGCGAGUUCCAGCCGGAGUGGAUGCGUGUCUUGCCUAAGGAUAAGGAACUCCGCGCUUGUCUGCGGUGGAUGUGGAUGCGGGAGGGCUUCCAGUGGGAUCCUGAUACUGGCGACAAGGUUGUGUUGUCGGAUGAGCUGCGGAGGGCCGUUCAGGAGGGGAGGGUCGAGUAUGAGUACGACACGGGCGACUUGAAGAUCUUGGAUGAAUGAGAGGUUUUCUUUGUGUUGUAGGGCUGAUCUACUGAGUAUGACCCCCUUGACGAUCCGCUCUCAGAUUUGAAUACACAAUUUAAUGAAAUAUUCCGUUUAGGUAGAUAUUGCUCGGGCUUGUAGUCGGCUAUUUGGUGAAAAUGAGGUUCGGAAUAUUCUUCGUGAUACAAUAUAAUACCGAGGAGUGUUCGAAUCGUUACCUAAAACAAGACAACGGGAAUCAAAUAUGCCGGAAAUUUCAUCUCAUCCUGUGUUAGGGGCCACUCUCGUGUAUAGCAUAUCUACGAAUAGCAGCAA